CCGACCCCCUCCCCUCCUUUCUCUCUCGACCGAUAAGAGUCGUCGCCUCCUCCUCACAACCAAACGAAACCCUAAAAUCCCCCCCCACACACCCCCCCUCUCCCUCUCGCUCUCCCUUUUUACCUCCAAAAUCCGAUCCCUUCUCUAUAAAAAGACCCCUUUUUUGAACCGGGACUCCAUUUUUUCGCGCAUUAAACCCCUUUAAAUUCGCCCUCUCUCCUCGUUUUCCCGCUCAGAUCGAUCGUUUCGAUUCCCGGAUCGGAAACCCUAGAUCUCUCAAAAGAUCGAUAGAUCCGUCGAUUUCCACUUCUCAUCUUGAGAUUUCAUGCGAUUUCGCGUCCGAUCUCUGUUUCUUUUUGUCCGGUAGGUAGGAAAACCUAAUAAAACGCUAUUAGAUCGCCGGAAAGUAUAUAAUAUAUGACAAUUUUGGGUUAGAUUAGGAGAUAAAAAAUAGGAGCCAGUGUAGAAAUUGUGUAAAAGAGGGUUUUUUGAAGGAGUAUUUGUUGGAUCGAAGGGGAAAAUAGUGGUAUUGGGAGGGGAGACGGAGAUGGCCGAUCAGGUCUUGGAGGGGAGCCAGCCGGUUGACCUUUCUAAGCAUCCGUCCGGCAUCGUUCCCACUCUCCAGAAUAUUGUCUCAACCGUCAAUUUGGACUGCAAGUUGGAUCUUAAAGCCAUAGCUUUGCAAGCCCGGAAUGCGGAGUAUAAUCCUAAGCGUUUUGCUGCAGUAAUCAUGAGAAUAAGAGAACCAAAAACCACAGCAUUGAUUUUUGCAUCGGGAAAAAUGGUUUGUACUGGAGCAAAGAGUGAACAGCAAUCGAAACUUGCUGCUCGAAAGUAUGCUCGCAUUAUUCAAAAGCUUGGUUUUCCUGCUAAAUUCAAGGAUUUCAAGAUUCAAAACAUUGUUGGUUCCUGUGACGUCAAAUUUCCGAUAAGACUUGAGGGCCUUGCAUAUUCUCACGGUGCUUUCUCUAGUUACGAGCCAGAACUCUUUCCGGGUUUGAUAUAUCGAAUGAAGCAACCGAAGAUCGUGCUUCUCAUUUUCGUUUCCGGCAAGAUUGUGCUUACUGGAGCCAAGGUGAGAGAUGAGACAUACACGGCCUUCGAGAAUAUAUAUCCCGUCCUUACAGAGUUCAGGAAAAUCCAGCAAGGGUAAGGGAAGUGAACAGAGAUUGAGAGAGCAUCUUGCCGAGCAGCCAUCAACCGAAUCAAUUUCUCAGCUGUAUAUAGGACAGAAAUCCCUUCUUGCUGGCCGGAGUUUGCGCAACGUGACGAUGUUCGUUGUCUUAUGUCCGAAGAGCUUUUGCUGUGAGGACUUCUUGAAGCUGUUGCUUUGGGGCCCUUUUUUGUUUCUUUGAAAAGUUCAGUUGAGUGGAAGUGUGGAACCUUUGGGGGGGGAGAUGGACAGUUAUUCAAGGCGCGACUUGCCAUGAUCUGAAUGUUCAUACAAACCCUAAUAAAACUGAACUAUUUUUUCUUGCCUUUUUUCGGCUUCAAAACUUUUGAAAUGUAAAUCGGGAAGUUCCGAAAAGUGCAUGAUGAUGAUGUUUUCAUGAUGCAUUGUUUGUGCUUAACAUGUAUAAAUAUUUACAAAGAACAGCAAGAAAAGGACUCAAACAAGUUUCUUCGAGGAGUAA